UGGCAGCAUACCUGCUACCGCUACUACUGGUACUGGUAGCGGGCGUUGAAGGUGGGACGCGGUUUUGGUCGUGGUCCUCGUUUGUUACAACACCGCCAUUAUUACCCUAAUAUGCGAGCAACUCCAAAACAAUAACCCUCUUUAUCGUAUAGGCUUUGCGACCGUCGCGGUACGCAGCAAUGGCUGAUUCGGCCGCCGAUCGCAAGGCUACCAGAUCCAAAUCGCGCCAGUCUAUUGCACAUCUUCCCUCGGCGAAGGCAUCGUCCUUCAAGGACAAUGUUACCACCGACGUCGCGGCGCUGCAGGCGCAACAUAGCGCUGCUCAGAUGGGGAAGAAGUCGCGCGGCAAGAGCUUGGGACCAGGAGGACUUGAAGCAUUGAAAGAGUCCGAUGGUAACUCUAUCAAGACCUCAGCUUCUUUCCAGAUCAAGUCAAUUCUCAAACCCACGAUACCUCUCACGCCGCCCAAAGCAAUUCCUUCCUUCGACGAAUUGCGAAAGCGAAGCACAGGAAAGGGCAGAUCUCCAAGCAAAAAUGGCGGUGAAGAGCUCCUCAUUGACUUCUCAACCCCGGGGCCUAGCAGGCAAGAUGGAGGAGAAACUUCAUUGUCUGGCACGGAGAACGUAGCCGAUCCUUUUAGUCCAAUGCGACGACGCACGCCUGGCCGCAAUGAAGCGGACGGUUCUGAGAAUCUCGAGCGAGAGCGAGAGGCAGAACUCAAACGCCAAGCUGAGAAACAAGCGAUUUUGGAGCGCAGAGCUGCCAGGCGUAAAUCGUUAGCGAACCGGAGAGUGUCUUUCGCGCCGGAGGCAACCUUACACACGUGGAGCGUCAUGGAGCUCGCUGAAGAUUCCACCACCAGUUCUGCAUCUAACUCGACCCGAAGGCAAUCGUCAAUGACGGCGGCUCAGUCUCCUGCCAUUGCAGCUCCAACACCAAUGAGCCCCGUAGUGCCUUCUACACCGAUUGAACAGCCAGAGCACCAAAUUGUCGCAGAAUCGCCGGCGCAUCAACGGGAUCUUCACCAGAAAAAGCGGCGCAGGAGGAGCUCAGGCCUUGCAGAUCCGAUGUUAGACGCUUCGCAAGACGAGGUUUUCUCAUCUAGCCCCUCUGGGGACGUUGCGGCCAACAGCAGUCCCCUACGCGUGGAGGAAGGGAUUGAUUCCUCGGAGGAUUCCGACACAGAUGGUGACACGGCCAUGAGCUUAGACGAAGGCACUUCAAAUACUGUUGCCUCCCAAGAUUCCAGUUCAAGCACUCAGUCUAGCUUAGAGGAUCGUCUCCGUCAAGCCGCGAGUCACGCCGGCACGCGAGGCAUUGAUUACGAUGAAGACGCCGACGAGAUGUCUAUGGAAAUGGCCACAGGUACCGUGACCCAUGCAUUUCAGCCCUGGACACGCAGCCGUGGCGAAGAGCAGGAGCAUACAGGCAUGUACGACCAAGAGAAUGUAAAUCCUUUCUCUUCUGUAGGGCAGGUUGCAACUCUACAGAAACCGGGAGGCGCUGAGGCAGAGGAGGAUGACAACCAGACAGAAGGCAUGACAAUGGAUGUCACAAGGGCUGUCGGUCGCAUCGUAUCCAAACAGUCUCCAAGAAGGAAGGAAGCAAGAUCGCCAAUAUCACGUCGAAGAAGCAGUGUUGGCCGCCGCAUGUCCUCUGGAGAAGAUUCCACAUGCGAUGAACCUAUGGAAUUCACGGUCAUGCAAGGCGGCAUCAUUGAUGACGAGCCUGAGCCCGCAACUGGAGACAUGACCCAGGUACGAGGAGGCGUCGAAGAUAUGACAAUGGAUUUCACAACUGCUGUGGGCGGGGUUCUAGGCAGUUCUGCGCGAAGAGAAUCCGGCAUUUCUGAAGCGACUGAGGAAAAUGAAAGCAUGGACAUGACAACUGCUGUGGGAGGCAUUCUUGCUCCCAUUGAGGAGCAAACCGAGCCUCAGACUGAUGUUGAAGAUGAGCAAACAGCUGCUAUGGAGAUGACUCAGGCCGUGGGUGCUAUUCUUAACGAGCCUCCGCCGGGAGCGAAAAGAAUAACCAGAAGAUCAUUUGGCAAUCGUCCCUCUGCCAACGAUGCUUCGACGACGCCGAAGGGGCGGCCUAUGCAGCAAGCCAGUCCAAAGUCGACGCCGAAAUCCCAACAACACCUGGCUUCAGUGGCGUCAGAAACUGGCAGUCCAAGUCUUGCACUAAAACCACGGUUGUCUGGAAGACCGCAGCGAGCAGUGACGAAUCCUUCCACCACUCCCCAAUCCAAGCCGCCAAGCAGUACGCCCGUGAAGUCUGCAAGCAGGUCCCAACAUGGGACCCCAUCCAAACAGAUUACUCCUCUGCCAACACGCGCAGAAACGCCCAAUAAGACGCCGCUUUCUGCCAAUGUCAAGCACCGAGGCGCGUCACCGAAGAAACUGUUCAAGGCUGAGAUCGAGGCUAGGUCUUCACCGGGAUCCGUUAAGCGUGAAGUAAAUAUGAAAGCGAACAGUCUCUUCUCGAGAGACGUAGAAACAGGUCAACAUACUCCAAGCGUGGUUCUGAAGGCGUCAAGACCAUCGUUGACACGACGAAGAUCGAGCGGCAUCGGGAUUGAUAAAGAUGGCAUUGGGUCACCUCGAGUCUCUGAGAUACUAGAUCGCAGAGCCACAAUUGGUGAUAGUGUACCUCAGUUCAAACUGGGGGCUAAGGAGCCGGCGCAAUUACGCUUUGAAGAUCCACAGCAACUCGAGCAUGAGGUCGAGGCUGAGCGAGCCGAAGAACAUCGACGCGAAAGUGGGCGGUUCAUAAUGGAGCAAGAGGCUGAUCAACAGCAAGAAGAAAAUGCGACAAUGCAGCUCAAAGAUAUGAUUGACGCCUUGUCUCCGGCAAAACCAAAAUCCGGCAAGCUCAAAGGUAGAAAGAGCCUGGCAGUCGGCGGCGCGAAGGGCAUUCUGGGCAAGAGGCCAGCAGAACUCGAUAUGGAUGAUGAUGAGGAGGAGGCGGACUCGACCCCUAAGCGGCUGAAAGCCGUCUCUCGAGAAGGCAGUCCCGUAAAGAAAGUUCAUCUUCCAAAGCCGCCGAGCAAGGACGAAACAACAGGCAGAUUGAAGUUCCUUCAGGAUGUCACAGUCGCGGAGAAGCUGACCCCUACUGUCGCCAACUCCUCACCCAAGAGAAGUACUGUUGCAAAGAGUCCAUCCUCUGUCGGCCGGUUUCGCAAUGCUGAAAGCGACGGCAAUGGCAGGCCAACCUCUUUCGAGGACAAACUCGACAAUGUUGUUGGGGCCAUUGAUGUUUCUACAGCUCAGAUGGAACAAGGGCGUGUCGAAAACGAACAGGAAAAAAUCUCCUUGCAGGAGUUCCUGAACAUGACCAAUAUCCAUUUCAUCGAGCUCUCUACAACCAAGAGAAGACAUACGAUGGCGCAAACAAUGCCUCCCAGAGAAUCCCAGGAAGGGCUUGAUGCCAACCCCACAGAGGCGACAUUCGUCGCCGCAGCCACAACCCUGCCCCUCCUCGAACUAUAUCAACAUGCGACCAGAGAGUUGAAGUCCUACAUUUCUACCGGCCGAAAGAUCAUUCGCACAAUAGAAGCUGAGACGCUCGCGGAACAACCGCCACUCUUCCGUGAAUACCUCGACGCGCGACCGGACGUGAGAGUGGUGAUGGACAAUCAAUUCCGCAACGGCAAAGCCAACGCUCGACUUCAAAGCAAGGAAGGGUGGUACCAAUGGCGGGGGCAGCUCGUGGAUGGCCUCAGAGUUGGUCUUGAGGACAUUAAUCAAGGAAUAACUGCGGACAUGGCACUUCUUGAUCAACAGAAGGAAGUUUUGGAUAAAGUCCUCCCUCAGUUAAUCCAUGAGCAAUCCCAACUCGAAAAACAAAAGGCGUCUCUGAAGCAGAAGCUGGAGGAACUAGACAGUGUCGACCAGGGAGCUCUCAACGAAUGCCGCCGACAAUUGCGGGUUGCCGACGACUACUACCUUCAGAGGUCCGCCCUGCUGGACACUCUGCGAGAACAGAUGAAAGAGAAAGACGAGGCUCUUGCUUCUGCAAAGGAGUUAAAGGUCGAAAUGAACGACCAAAUUGCAGAAGCGGAUCGAGUGAGGGAAGAGCACAAGGGCUGGCGUGCUGCUGAUGUUCUAGCAGCCAAGUCGCGAGUGGACGACGUUGAGAAACGGACAGGCUGGCGUCUAUUGACCGCCGAAGAGGAAACGGAUGAACCCAACGAUUGCGGGCCUGCAUUGACUAUGGUAUACAAAGAUGUCCUGCGCUUGUUCUUCUAUCCGCAAGCCUUCCAGCGCAACGCAGCCGGUCCGCCUCGAAGACGGUCAGGGAGAAAAUCUGCGUCUACCUCGGGUCCGACCGCUCCAAUUAGCCUGACAUUUGCACCCACAAACGAUGCCGACGAUGACGAUGAAUCGCGGCCGCCUGCGGAGUUGCCGACAGAAAAGCGCUUCCUCUUGCAAAUGAUCCGGAGUCAGCUGCACGUUUUUGCCAUGAUGCCAAAGGGGUCUGUGGCGUCCAAAACGCUAUUGUCGACUGUUUCUCAAGGCUGGGAUCUCGCUUGCAGAUUGUCCGAGGAAAUACGGCUGCUUAACCUGGUCGGGAUCACGACAGCUUCAAUACUAAGCGAUGAGCGGUUGGCGGUUAAGGUGGUUUUGGUGCUUCCGAAUCGAGGCGGACGCAUUGACCUCGAGUUCACUCUCACAGCCACCAUUCUCAAUGACGGUGCCAUUGUAUCUUCCUCCAAUGUCAUUGCCAGUCCUAUCUACGGUUCCUUUUUGAGGUUGUUGAGUGGCGGCAAGAGCAGGAAAGUCCAACAUGCUCUAGGGAAGGAAGUCGAGAAUAGGACGCUCGGUGAAGGUGCUUGGAUCAGUGCUGUUCAAGGGUUUCAGACAUGGCUUCAACAUCAACAGCAACAGCAGCAGCAGCAGGCGACGUCAAAACAGCAAAAGGUCGCCACCGAAAAGAACAUGGACCGGAGUGUCGUCGAGCCUAAUUCCACGGCUUCGUCUGCUCUUGAUCCUGGCCAGAUUGAGACCGCAACGGCCGCCCAGGGUUCGAUUUCAGCGACAUCAGCAACGUCGACUCAGCCCGCAGCCUCAGCCUUGGCCGUGGCUGCACCACCUACUGCCAGUGUCAAGCGCUCACCUCUUGCGCCAAGGCGGACCAAUGCCAUCCAGAAGAAAGCAUUGCCAGUUCCCAAACAGCGCCUUGUCGAGAAAUUUGCGUCGUCCGUCUCAUCAGCUUCUGCCGCUGCGACUUCAGGGAAUAACAAGGAGAACUUCAAUCCGUCCCUUUCGACUUCUGGGGCUGCAGCAGCUCACAAGAUGUUUUCUAUGUCACAAAUGUCACAUGAUGAGGCUGCUGUUGUAGAAAAGGAUUCCGAGUCCCACACGCCGCUACAGGUGCCUAGAGCGGCCAUCCCGCCCGAAGUGCAGGAGGCCAUGAUGCGGACUCCUAUCAAGCGUGUCGGGGCGUUGAGAAGGAGUCCGAUAUGAUUGGUUUGAUUCUGAUGGGACGCGGCGGUAGAGUAGGUGAAUAAGAUGAUGAUGUUGGUGAUGCAUACUGUUGGUGCAAGAUGGCGUUGUUUUGGUUUUGACGAGGUGCCAGCAAUGCGUGCCUCGUUUCUUUGUCUUUAAUGACUAUGCGGUGGGUUUCCUUUCACUUGCGAGGGCCUGGAGUAUCGGCUAUGAUGUCUGGUUGUGUCUGGUCUGGUUUGGCUCGCUUCCCUUUUGGUUGAUAGGGGUACUGUAACUCUGUUACAAUAGUUGUCUACCUAGAUUGGAUAGUUGGACAUGUACAGUGCAGCUUGCUCCUAUUACUCUACUUACCUGCUUAUCUUACCUAUCUGUCUGUCUCCUUGUUCCGGUUGUCUGUGAUCUUUUGUAUCCAAUCCAGUCAGUGCACCUGUUUUACGAUAGGCAGUGAUAACCUGGGGUGCAUAAUGUACAUACUAGUAGUAGGUAAACGGGUCAAGAGUAGUAGUGCAGUUUUGAGUACAGUACAUACAGUACAUAGGUACACUACAGUCAAGAAAGUACAGUACGGC